CAGGCGCUUUUGCGACUACCUGCCCAUGUUCCUAGAGAUGAGGUGGAUGCUUGCGUCACCUCUGUGGCCAAAGACUUGAAUCUCUUCAACUUGCUUGAGGCGCGCGUGGGCACUCCGGAGAAGCGUGGCGUCUCCGGUGGGCAACGGAAGCGUGUCUCCAUCGGCAUGGAACUUGUGGCUCAACCGUUGCUGCUCUUCGCAGAUGAGCCAACCAGCGGCUUAGAUAGUACCACUUCUCAUGAGGUGGUGCGUUGCUUGAAUGGUGCAGCGGCACGAAUGGCUUCAACAGUGGUGGCGGUGAUUCAUCAGCCGCGCUACGACACCUUGCAGCUCUUCGAUGACCUGGUCCUGUUGGCCGUGGGAGGCUCGGUGGUCUAUGCUGGGCCUACGGAGGCGGCGGUGGAGCACUUUCGAACGAAGCUGCACGUGUCUUUCAGUCCAAACUGCAAUCCUGCAGAUAUCCUGUUGGAUUCCAUCGCUUCGCCUGAGGAUCAAGAGGCGUGCGCGGGGGUUUGGAAGUCGACCGCCAUCUUCCAGGAGACGGUGCAGCAAACCAUCUUGCCGCCCAGAGCCUUUCACCGGGAACGGCCGCCCUUCUUCCGCGCAGUGCUCAUCUACAUGGAUCGUAGCAUCUUGCAGACCAUCAGAGCGCACGUGUCCUUGGCCAUCAACUACGGUUUGUGCUGCUUGGCGGUGAUGCUCUUGUGCUUGAUCCUUUCCUACGAGCGGCUGGAUCAGUUCCAAAUGCAAGCAGCGCUGGCAUCUCUCUUCUUGAUGCUCCUACAGGGCGUCGCGGCUCAACAAGUCUUUGGUGGUGACCUCCUCAUCACCUGGCGAGAAGCACGAGUCGGCAUGCCCAUGGCGGCCUACUUUGUCGCCAAGGACCUCACCGCCUACCUGGAGGUGACCAUGUCCUCGGCAGUCUUCACUGCCGCGUAUGGCUAUGCCAGUGGCUGUCAGAUCCCACUGCAUCAGAUCUUCGCUGGUGCGUGGGCCUUUGUCUUUGCCGUCUUUGGAUUGAACUACAUCUUCAGCAUCAUCCUCUCACCAGGAGCAGCACAGAUGAGCGCCGUGGUGACCUCCUUCUUGUCCUUCUGCACAGCCGGCGUCUACCAGCCCCAGCUGAACGAGAUGGCUGCGAUGUUCGAUGGACGAGGUUGGAUGGUUCCAGCUUUGAGCCCCGUUCGAUGGCUUUGGGGCUACUACAUCACUGCGGAGAUGCCGCGGCUCUCGCCCUUGUCACGGACGGGCGCCGCGGGCGCGAUGCGGUCCAAGGGCUACGACCUGCAGUAUUUGGGCGACUGCCAGAACUCCUUGGUGGGCAUCCAGGACCGAUCUGUCGAAACCUUGCAGCAGGCAUGGAUUGAGAAUCGAGGAUGGGUUUGUUCACCUGCACCGUUGCUGCUCUUGGGCAUCCUCUUUCGUUUUCUCGCAGGCUGCUGCUUGCUUCUGUAUGUGAGCGCACAGACCAGUGGGUGGGCACGCUUCUUUGCACAGUCCGAAAUGGGCGCUUGGAAGCUGGCUGGAAAGUUCUUUGCCCUGCUGGUCGGCGCGUCCUUGGUGAUCUUUCUCUUUGCAGAGGUUUGGGUCUUCGGGAGUCAAGAGCUGCACCUUGCAGGGGAGACCCAGCCGACGCUCGGAGCGCGGCGAAGGAUACACCAAGAAGAGAAUGUGCAGGUUCUUUGCAAGAGGAUCUCUUGGUAG